AUGUCGGCCGCAACGAUGAACGGCGACUCCACCUCCAGAAAGCAACAGCAACCGCAGAAGAGUGUGUGGAACACAUUCAAUCCGAAAACGAAUAACGCCCCCAAUGGCACCGACAAGCCAUUAUCCAAGCCUCCACACCAGGCUCCACAGAUGAAAAGCUCCAGCGAAGCACUCGAUAAGCAGGCACACGACCGCUCCUUAUUUCUCAUGGCACACUUUGUUGGCAACGAUGCGACAAUCACAUUGAAGAACGGCGAGCAAUAUACUGGUGUUUUCAGCGGCGGAUCAUUCGAGGCCAACAAGGCGCUCUAUGUCAUCAAGAUGGCGAAGCAGACACGAACUGCAGGCGGUCAGCAGCAAGCGAAUGGCAAUUCAGACUUGUCUGGUGGAUAUCUAGGCGAGGGCGAGGAACACAUCAUGAGCUUUGAUGUGCAGGAUACUACAGAUUUAUACGUCCAGGAUGUGACGACUUUCACUGCACAACAUCGGCAGAAUGGCGCUGCGGCCUCAUCUUUCAUGACCGAUACCCAGAUCUCCGGCAGAGAUCCGCACAUGCCACGCGCGCGCGAGCUGCAACGAUGGGACGCUGGCCAUGAAUCUUCGAUCGACAUGUCUUUGGGCGAUCCGAACGAUUCCAGCUGGGAUCAAUUCGCCGCCAACGAACGCAUGUACGGAGUGCAAUCGACAUACGAUGAGGACAUUUACACCACAUCAAUCAAUCGUCAAAAUCCGGAGUACAAGCGACGCCAAGCAGAGGCCGAUCGCAUCGCUCGUGAGAUUGAAGGUUCAGCACCUGCCAACGCUCACGUUGCGGAGGAAAGACGUAGAGAUGCGAAUCGUGACGACGGUGGAGAUGAAGAAGACAAGUAUUCAGGAGUCAGAAGAGAGGCCACCACAUUGCCGAAGAGAGCCACUGGCGCAUAUGUGCCACCAUCACAGCGUCCAAUGACUGGGGCGCCCAGCGUUCCAGGUGUUCCAUUCGACCCGGCAAUCAUCUCAAGCCAGAUUAAGGCGUCGCCCGCUCAAACAUCACAAGCCCAGGCGCCAGUCCCGCGGGUAUCAACGGAAAUCAGUCCUGACAGUGGAGUCGCUCCGAAGAAGAAGGAAACGACCACCGAAGAUCGCGUGCGUGACACUGCAGAUGCAUUCAAGCAGUUCGCCAACAACGAGAAGCUGCGUGUACGUGCCGCACAGGAAGCGAAGCGCACGACUGCGCGCCAGGAGAAGAACGUGAAGCUGAACGAUUUGAAGAAGUUUGCUGCAAACUUCAAGCUCAAAAGUCGAGUGCCUGAUGAUCUGGUGCCAAUUUUGGCUAAAGACCGCGAGAAGCAGCUGGAAAUUCAGUCCAAGGCGGAAGAGGCAGCGAAGGAGGAAGAAUCGAGGGACAAGACUAACAGCGCUGUGACCUCACCCAUUCCAUCCAACACAACAUCGCAACCUGGACCUCCGCCCUCGACUGGACCUCGGGUGGAUCUCAAUCAGCAACAACGACAACGCCCGCAAGCAGGUCGUGGCGGACCCGCUCCUGGACAGCAAGGCCAGGGUCCAGCGCAAUUGCCACGUGCGCCGCUCGGUCAGCGUAUCCAGGGCAACUUCAACGCCCGCGCAGGCAUGCCACAGCCGCUGCCAGCAGAUCUUCGUAUACCUGCCGGACCUCCUCCAGCGGCGACGGAGCAGCCUAUGAGCCCAGGCUCUGCCACUCGACUCAACGUCAAUGCCAAAGCUUUCGAGUUCCGCCCCGGUGCGUUCGCCUUCACCCCGACCGGCAGUUCUCCUAGUCCCCAGAGAGCUGUCAGUCGAGGUCGCCAGCCAGCAGAGCAAAAGGCCUCCUUCUUCAGCAAGGGAAAGCCGAAGACCACAAAGCCGUUCCCAUCCACGUUUGAUCCUCUUCACCGCAUGGCCGAGGCCGAUUACAACGACCAGGAAAAGAAGAAGUACACCCAGAAUGGCGGUCUUCCUCAGGCGUACAAUACGAACCCAACCUGGCCGGUCACCAAGCCGAAUGACGGAGCGAUGUACCUUGCUGCGUUCCCAAAGACGCAAGCUCCGAGCCAGGGUCCAUCGCCCAUGCACACUCCAAUCCCGAACAACCAGAUGCCGCAUGCCCACCAACUGCCAGCACACAUGCAUGGAAACAUGCAGCAACCGUCUCAUCGUCAACAGCAAUUCUACCCUCAACAGCAGCAUGGUCCUACAUUCGAUCCGCGCUUGCAACAGCAGUUUGGGCCAAAUGGCUCCGUACAGAACUCGCCGCGCGCGCAACAGAUACCUGUUGCUCCAUUCAGUGGACAAAUGCCUCCAAUGCCACAGGGCUUUCCCGGCCAGCCGAUGCCUCAAGGGUAUGGCGUGAGUCCUUCAAUGGCCUAUCGCCAACCUCACAUGCAAAGCGGCCCGAUGAUGAUGAUGCCAGGACAACCGCAAGGACAGAUGGGCCAAAUGCGUCCCGGUGGAUAUGGUCCAGGUCCUCAAUUCAAUGGACCACUCAUGGGGGGUCACAUGAUGGUGCAGCAGCACUCUGGAGGCUAUGCUAACGGCCCAAUGCCCCAGCAAGGGUUCUCGCCAAUGCCACCUCAUGCACAACCGCACAUGCCUCAUAUGCAGCAACACGGUGGCCAGAACUUUAACAACGGUCCACGCCCACCGAUGAUGUCGCACCAGGGCUCUCACCAAGGCUUCCAGCCUAACAUGCAGAUGCAAGGUCAAUUUCAGCCCUCUCCGAACCAGGCGCACCCCUAUCACCUCCAGCAGCAGCGGGCAAUGUCUGGUGGAUUCCCACAGAUGACGCCGCGCCAGCAGCAUGCCAUACCAAACCAUCCGAGUCCUGGAAUGGGUGGAGUACCUGGACAGGGUGAUGAAGGAAAAUGAGGUUGACUGCCCAAGGUCAGACUCAACAUGAAAAAAAUUCG